AGCCCUCUGGCCGCUGGGCGGCGAAGGGGAAGGCGAAGAUGGCGGCGGCGGCGGCUCAGGCGCUGAGCUGCGCGGGGCUGGUUCUGGCCGCCGCCGCCUUGGCGCUGCUGGCCGUGGCCAUGGGGACGGACUCCUGGUACGAGACGGACGCCCGGAGGCACCGCGAGCGCUGCAGGGGCUUCGGACUCAAGCGCCACGCCACCGCCUCCGCCGCCGCCGCCGGCAGCGACCCUCCGGGCUCCAUGUCGGCCCCCGUCCCGCACCUGCCCCUCCGCGCCCGGCCCCCCAGGGCCCUCCUGGCCGGGAGGGAGGCCGAGGAGGAGGAGGAGGAGGAGGAAGAGGAGGAGGAAGGGGAGAGGGCCGGGGGCCAGCAGGGGGCGCCACCCCAGCCCCAGCCCCCCGCAGCCCCCGCCUCCCUGGUGCUGGACUCCCACUGCGGCCGGCGCUUCAACUCCACCGCCUCGGGCCUCUGGCGCCGCUGCCACCGGCACGGAUUCGAGCCCGACAGCGAGGAGCUCAUCCAGAAAGGAAUCAUUCAGCGCUGCACAGCUGUGAAGUAUCACUACACCUCAUCUUCUCUGCCACACAAUUUGCCAGUGAAUAUUACCAACACUAUUCGCCAGGAUGAAUGGCAUGCCCUUCAUCUGCGGAGAAUGACAGCUGGCUUCAUUGGUAUGGCAGUUUCCAUCAUCCUGUUUGGAUGGAUUAUUGGCAUGCUGGGCUGUUGUAAACAGCAUGAGCUCAUGCAAUAUGUAGCUGGGCUACUCUUCCUUAUGGGAGGUACCUGCUGCAUCAUUUCCCUUUGCACCUGUGUGGCCGGGAUAAACUUUGAGCUGUCUCGUUACCCCCGCUACGUCUAUGGGUUGCCAGAAGACAUCAGUCAUGGCUAUGGCUGGUCCAUGUUCUGUGCCUGGGGGGGCCUGGGACUGACCCUUCUGGCAGGAUUCUUAUGCACACUGGCUCCCUCGCUGAAUAGCCCCCGGACUGUUGUACAGAAACCCAGACAGGAAAAUGGUGCCGUGUGAUGAGAAAACCGCAAAAAGGACUCUCCAGCAAGCACAGUACAGCAGUAGGUUCCCACCAAUGUGGUGUGACCACCUGAGAUUCAUGAAACAAUGGUGGUCCCUGUUGUGGAACAAAUUGAGAGGUUCAGUUGCUUUGUCGGUGUCUUGGUUCUUCAGCCUGCCUGUCUCUGAUAACAAACUGAUCAGGUUCAUUUUUAUUCCUGGUUUGCCUAAUGGGAAGUUUUCUGUUAAAUAGGGUGUGUUGCUGUAGGAUCUGUGUACCAUUUAAGCUGAACCAGAUUUCUGCUAGGGGAAGCCACUGUGAAUUCUGUUUGGUGUCCAGUGACUCAAAGGAGCUCCAUUUCCAGGAACUCUUUAAGGACAAGUCAGAGGCCAAAGGGAGACCCACCUAGUCUCAGUAUUGAAACUCCUUUGCAGCAGAGACCUGUAUUUGCAUUCCAGCAGCAUUUGAAAUCAGCUUAAGAGGGGGCUUUAGUCAGAAAGGGAGGUUAGAAAGUUCUUCCUCUGGACCACUCAGUAUCUGAACCUUGUCACUUCUGGAAGCCAAAUAUGCAUAGCAGCUCAUAAAGUAAUUUGCAAGAUUAGUGCAUAGGAUACAAGGGGAAGUGGAUUUUAAUUAGACAACAGAUGCCUACAAGGAUUUUCCACAAGGGGGCAUACCUGAGUUAGAUACAGGAAUAAGGGUUUGAAUUUAAUUGGGUUACUUACUUGUGACAUUCCCGUUAGAUAAAAACACAUAUUAAUUUAAUAGGAUAAAACCAGUUUCUCACUGGGGCCAGAAUGAUAUCAAGGAUGCCUUCCUCAAGUACUGUCUUACCAACUUUUUUUAAAGGCAAAUUGUGAUUUAUAAUUCCAUUUCAAAUCCUUCCAGGCUGAUUGUAGAAGAAACUACUUUUGACAGAUGAGCACAGAAACAAACUCGCCCCCUUGAUGGCAACCUUUCGUGACUGAAAAGGAAGCACUCUUGAUUAAAGGGGCUUGCUGUAUGCAGGUGAAUAAGAGCUGAACCUAAACUCAGGAACAUCAACAAUGGUGCUGAGGGGAAGCACUGGUCUUUCCUCAUUGUACUCCUUUCCUGUCUCCCCAAAAGACUGCACAGAAGCCUUGGUUAGAGGGGCUGUUUACAUUGUAUUUUUAAGUGGCAUGUAAUUAAUUAAUCUGUGCUAAAGUCAAUGUAUUCAUGGAAAGUGUGAUUUUUAAAUGGAAGUUGUAUGUUUCAAGAGAUAUUAAAUUAAAAGGCUUGGAUACAGUGAAUGGAUAGGCACUUCCACCUUUUGGGACCCCUGUA